GAAAUAAAACUAGCCAUGUUUGCACACCACAAAAAUAGAAAGAUACCCAUGUUGUAAAACACGCCCUUUGCUUUGCUUUGAUUUGCUUCUUCAGAUUUCGUGCUUGCUAGCUUUUCCCUCAGGUAAAUUAAGUUGUAGAAAAGUUCAUCGAUGGGGAGAGGAAGGGUUCAGUUGAAGCAGAUCGAGAACAAAACUAGUCGGCAAGUGACGUUUUCAAAGAGGAGAAUGGGGCUGCGAAAGAAAGCCCAUGAAAUCUCUGUGCUCUGUGAUGCUCAAGUAGCAUUGCUUGUCUUCAACACCAAAGGAAGACUUUAUGAGUUUUCAUCUGAAUCCAGCAUCGAAAACGUGUUGGAACGAUAUGAGAGACAUACCCAAGCAGUGCAACUUGUUGGAGCUGAUAAAGAACAACCGAGAAACUGGUCCUCGGAAUGCUUCAAGCUCACCGGUAGAGUUGAAGUCUUAGAGAAGAGCAUAAGGAACAUCGCGGGACAUGAUCUGGAUCCCUUGAACUUGAGAGAGCUUCAGGGUUUGGAGCAUCAGCUUGACACAGCUCUAAGGCGCAUCCGAACUAGAAAGAACACAGUUAUGAAUGAAUCCAUCUCAGAGCUGCAGAAAAAGUUCAUCUCAAGAAAAUGGAUCCUCUUCAGACUUCAGAGGAAUCAUCUGCAUGCAUUCUGCAAUCUCUCUCAAGCAAAGGCGUUGCAGGAGCAAAACAAUGUGCUAGCAAAGAAGAUUAAGGAUCAACAGAAGACAAUGGCUGAACCUCUGCACCCUCCUCUACAGAAACACUUGGCCAAAAUUCUUCAGGUCUCAACAUGGGCACUCCAGAGCAACACUCGCCACAAAGACUAGAUCCUUCUUUAACACUUGGAUUAUAAGUGUCAAAAAGGUGCAGUGGGACUUUACAAGCAACAUCGCUGCAGGAGAAUGGUUGAAGUUAAAAUUGCUCCUAGUAGCACUACUGUCAUGACAUCCCAACAUGGAUGCUUCAUUAUUAUUUUACGAGAUGCACCAGCAUUACACUAUUUUUGAGACGUGAUGAAUGUUGAACUCUAUUUUGUUGCUACUUCUAGACAACUGCUGGUUAUUGUAUAGGAUUGUGGCCUUCAAAUUUGAUGGUAUGGCCAAAGGUUAAAUAAUGCAAAUGAUGUAAAAAUCAACUGUUAAGUGCACCAACAAAAUGGUACAGUGUAAAGAAAUAGAAAAACUAAUGCAUCAUUACAUCCUUGUUGAGGUGGAACCUAAAAUCUUAAAUUUCCCAGUAGGAGAAUUAUGUGUACUUGGAGGACAGGCCUGGGCGCUAAUGUAAGAUUGCUGCCAUGUGACUUUACAUGUUUGUGCAGUGAAAUCAGCUUCUUGUGAAAAUGCAAGGUAAGACUGUCUACAUCAGAUCCAUAAAAUGGGUUCUGCCCCUCUGCAGACCUCAUGCAUAGCGGAAGUUUUAUCGCCUCUUUUUAAGGUUAUGUGUACUUAGAUUAAAAAUUGUCAUUUUGAUAAAUUCAGGAAAGAACACACCUUUAACCACUUUCCCCUUUCUGCACCACCCUCUUCAAAUCUUAGGCUCAAAUAUGCCAAGUGAGAAUGGGUAGGAGAAAGCUCAACAAAGAAACAUAACCCCAAUAAAAUGGCCAAAUAUCUUAAUUGAAAGAACGCCUUAAGGAGAGGAGACUUUAAAAGUCACAACUUGAAUAGCUGUGCUGAGAAAGGCAUCCCCCAGGUUGAAAUAGAAGUGAAAAAUUGGCUAUUGACAAAGAUAAAAAAGUAUUAGUCCUAGCAUGUUAAGCAACAGCUCUGGUGAGGAGCUUGUAGAGAAAUUGUAAAGUUUCCCUUUUUUUAUGGUAAAUGUGUU